AUGCUCCUCCGCGAAAACGUCCUAUACACCAAAGCCCGCGCCGGACAACUAUGCAAAGCCCUGGUAAUAAGGCUAGUAACCAAUCCUCUCGUCGUACAUCUCGCCAAGAAUGCCGGCUUCGACGUCCUAUGGGUUGAGAUGGAGCACUCGACCUUUUCCAUCACCGAGGCGAGCCAGCUCGCGAGCGCAGGCACUCUGGCCGGUCUGACGCCUAUUGUUCGCGUGCCGUACGAAUGCGGCAUGGGGUACGUGCAGCAGGUUCUCGACUCGGGAGCCAUGGCCGUCGUCUUUCCGCACAUUGUCACCGUGGAAGACGCGAAGAGGUCCGUCAAGAUGUGCAAGUUCCCGCCGCUGGGGAAGCGGUCGCUAUGGCUGCAGCAGGCUGCCGUGGGGCUGAAGACGUUGCCGAUGCAGAAGAUGGCCGAGGAGAUCAACGCCCAGGCGUCCGCGGUGGGGAUGAUGAUUGAAGCGGCUGAUAGUAUUCCGAACGUCGACGCGAUUGCUGCCGUUGACGGCGUCGAUAUGCUGAUCGUCGGCUGCAUCGACCUGUCCACCGACAUGGGCAUACCGGGCCGGGUCGAUGUACCGGAGUUCCGGGCGGCGCUGGAAGCCGUCAGCGCGGCAUGCAAACGUCACAAUAAGAUCUUUGGCCUGGCUGGUAACUACAAUGACCUGAAGUUCCAGGAUUGGGCUAUUAACACGUUGGGGGCGCGCUUGGUUUUGUGCCAUGUGGACUCGAACCUCAUUUCCAUCGGGGCGAUCGAGUGCGUGAAGAGGAUAUCCAGUAUUGAUGGGACUGUUCGACCGAAUGGAACCUCCUCUAAUGGAACUGUGCCUAAUGGAAAGGCUCUGUCAAGCGGGGCUGUGUCUGAUGGAAACGGUGUGCAGAACGGGCACAUCGAAGUCAAGGAGGAGAAAUAA